UUGUAUCGAGUGAAAAUGUAUGGCAAUUCAUCAAAUUCACAUGGCUCAAGUCAACCAAGCACUGUCGACUUUCGAAAAACUAAGAGAGGGGGCCAAAUGCUAUGCCGUGCUGGUUAUAACUAUGUGUUGAAAAGGACGAACAAAGACGCCUCUGAUUUAUGGAGGUGUACAAACAGAGACUCUAAUAAGUGUAAUGCAACACUCAAAGUGAAACAAAAUCCAUUUAUAAUACUGCACGAGACUGCCCAUAACCAUCCACCUAGAGGAGAUGCAGAGAUAGAAAUAGACCAACAUCUGCAUUUAUGUACUGAAGCACUGCAAAAAGACUUAAAGAAGCCAGUUACGCAAAUUUUCCGGGAUGCAGAAGAAAAUCUUGUCAAUAAGGGAAUAGAUUUAUUGACUCCAUUACCUAAAUUUGACAAUAUCAAGAAAAAACUUUACAAAAUCAGAAACAAUUCGCAAGGUGCUAAAAAACUUAACUUUCAUGAAGCCUGUGAUCUUAAAGUACCAAAAAAGUAUGAUAAAUUAUUGUUUGCAGAAUAUAACGACAAAAAGAAGCGAAUCCUUGUUUUUGCAAAAAAAGAAAUGAUUAAGUAUUUGAAAGAAUCGACAAGAUUUCUUGUCGAUGGUACAUUCAAAAUUUGCCCGAAGUGUUUCUGUCAAGUGUACACAAUCCAUGCAGAUAUUGGCAGUAAUAAAGAAUAUGUAAAUGUGGUUCCUGUGCUUUAUGCUUUGCUCCCUGACAAAACAAGGGCAACAUAUGAAAUUUUAUUUGAAAUGAUUAAAAGUCAAGUCAAAGACUGGCAGCCUACGCAAAUUUCAAUGGACUUUGAAGUGACUGCGAUUUCGGCCAUAAAAGAUUUAUUUCCAGAAGUGAAAAUAGUUGGGUGUUAUUUUCACUACAGUCGUAGUUUAUGGCGAAAAGCUAAGCAAAUAGGAGUAGUAAAAUCAAAAUUGGGUAAAAUCCAUGUCAAAUUAUGUACAGUAUUGUCGCAUCUACCUCCAGACUUGUUGGAUGAAGGGUGGCUGUACGUGAUGGGAGAAAGUCCCAACAGUACCCAAGUCACUAAGUUCAACGAUUAUUUUGUGAAAACAUGGCUAGAACAUGAUAUACUCUCGAAGUCCUGGAAUACCUUUAAUCAAAGUGACAGAACCAAUAAUAUGGUGGAGUCAUGGAAUGCAAGAAUAAAAAAGAUCAUUCCAGAAAAACCCAAUAUUGCACAAUUUCUAGAUGGAAUACAAAAGGAUGCCAACUUUUAUUCUGGAAUACUAAACAGACCAGGUGACAUACAAAUUUCGAGAAGAAAAUCAGAAACCAUUGAAAUGAACCGAAGAAUUCAUAACAUUGUACAAGAAUUGUUGAUUGGUGAUAUUACUGUCGGUCAUUGUUUAGAAAAAUUAAGAAAUUAG